GACUAGCUGGGAACCCCUCCUCUCCUCCGACUCGGAUCUCCUCCCCAUUAAGCUCCAGGCUUUCGGCUGCUGCUCCGAGGCGCCUUGGUGCUCCGCCGAGAAUCCCCUCCUGGUGCGCUCCUAGAAGCGCCAAGACAGCUGCCUGGUGAGAUCGCAGGAAACGAACAGAACCAUGGCAACUCCCUCUGCUGCCUUUGAGGCCCUUAUGAAUGGAGUAACAAGUUGGGAUAUCCCCGAAGAUUCUGUUCCAUGUGAACUGCUUCUUAUUGGAGAGGCUUCAUUUCCUAUAAUGGUGAAUGACGUGGGUCAGGUCCUCAUUGCUGCCUCUUCCUAUGGCAGAGGUCGCAUGGUAGUAGCAGCUCAUGAGGACUUCUUUUUGGAAAGCCAGCUCUUUAUCUUUCUUGUCAAUGCUGUUGGGUGGCUUCGUUCCUCCCCAGAGUCGGCCAUUGGUGUGCACUCAUCUUUAGCUCCAUUGGUGAAAAUCCUCGAGAGCUGUGGAAUAGAGGCAAAGAUUGAGCCAGAAGUGAAUGACUCCCUAGGGGUUUACUGCAUUGAUGCCUACAAUGAAACCAUGACAGAUAAGCUAGUCCAGUUUGUGAAGCGUGGAGGGGGCUUGCUCAUAGGAGGCGAGGCCUGGGAUUGGGAUAUCCAGGGCGACGAUGAUAGAGUUCUGUUCGCAUUUCCUGGGAAUCUGGUGACCAGUGUGGCUGGUGUGUACUUCACUGACAACAAAGCAGACACAACUUUAUACAAAGUCUCCAAGAAGAUGCCUAAGAUACCCAUCUUAGUUCGUUGUGAUGAUGACCUCUCAGAAGACAGAGAUGAGCUUCUGCAUGGCAUCAUAGACCUGGACAUCACCAACUCAGACUGCUUCCCAUCCCAGCUACUAGUGCAUGGGUCUUUGGCUUUUCCUUUGGGGCUAGAUACCUACCAUGGCUGUGUGAUAGCUGCUGCCCGCUAUGGCCGGGGUCGGGUGGUUGUCAUUGGUCAUAAGGUAUUAUUCACAGUGGGUAAACUCGGCCCCUUUCUGCUCAAUGCUGUCCGCUGGCUGGAUGGAGGCCGCAGAGGCAAGAUUGUGGUGCAGACAGAGCUGAGAACACUAAGUGGUCUGCUCGCAGUAGGGGGUAUAGACACCAGCAUUGAGCCCCAACUGACCAGUGACGCAAGUGUCUAUUGCUUCGAACCCACAAGUGAUGUGGGAAUUAAGGAACUACAGGAGUUUGUAGCAGAGGGUGGCGGGCUGUUUGUUGGAGCCCAAGCCUGGUGGUGGGCUUUUAAGAACCCAGGAGUGUCCCCUCUGGCUCGAUUCCCAGGAAACAUGCUUCUCAACGCCUUUGGUAUCAGCAUCACAAGCCAAAGCCUCAAUCCAGGACCUUUCCGUAUCCCUAAAGCAGGAACAAGGACCUAUCACUUCCGCUCUACCCUAGCAGAGUUCCAGGUGAUAAUGGGCAGGAGGAGAGGCAAUGUGGAGAAGGGCUGGCUAGCCAAGCUGGGCCCAGAUGGGGCAACAUUUCUGCAGAUUCCUGCAGAGGAGAUCCCUUGUUACAUGUCUGUGCACAGACUCCUGCGGAAGCUACUGAGCCGCUAUCGGCUUCCAGUGGCAACCAGAGAGAACCCGGUCAUCAAUGACUGUUGUAGGGGAGCUAUGCUUUCCCUGGCCACAGGUCUGGCCCACUCUGGAAGUGACCUCUCACUGCUGAUCCCAGAAAUUGAAGAUGUUUACAGCAGCCGCUACCUGCGCCCCUCAGCGUCUCCCAUCACCGUGAAUGUCAAUUGUACCAAUCCAGGCACUCGGUACUGCUGGAUGAGCACUGGACUCUACAUACCUGGAAGGCAAGUCGUAGAUGUCUCCUUGCCUGAAGAUGCUGCCUCUGCUGAUCUGAGGAUACAAAUUGGCUGUCAUACUGAUGACCUGACCAGGGCCAGCAAGCUGUUCCGAGGCCCCCUUGUGAUUAACCGGUGUUGCUUGGACAAACCCAGGAAAUCAAUCACCUGCCUCUGGGGUGGUCUCCUCUAUAUCAUUGUACCUCAGCAUAGCAAACUGGGUUUUGUGCCCCUCACAGUGAAGGGGGCUGUUCGUGCUCCAUUCUACAAGCUAGGGGAGACAUCCAAGGAAGAAUGGAAGAGGCGUCUCUUGGAAUAUCCAGGUCCGUGGGGAGAACUGGCCACUGACAACAUCAUCCUGACUGUGCCCACUGCAAAUCUUCGAACUCUGGACAAUCCUGAGCCACUGCUCCGCCUCUGGGAUGAGAUGAUGCAUGCCGUGGCUAGGUUGGGAGGCGAGCACUUCCCUUUGCGUCUGCCGCAGAGGAUAGUGGCUGAUGUUCAGAUCUCAGUAGGCUGGAUGCAUGCAGGGUACCCCAUCAUGUGCCAUCUGGAAUCAGUGCAGGAACUCAUCAGUGAGAAGCUCAUCCGGUCCAAGGGCCUGUGGGGUGCUGUGCAUGAGCUGGGCCGUAACCAGCAGAGGCAGGAGUGGGAGUUCCCCCCACACACUACAGAAGCCACAUGCAACCUGUGGUGUGUUUAUGUGCAUGAAACAGUCCUGGGCAUACCUCGAGGCCGUGCCAAUAUUGCGCUAUGGCCCCCUGUUCGGGAGAAGAGAGUCCGAAUCUACUUGAGCAAGGGACCCAGUGUAAAAAACUGGAAUGCCUGGACUGCAUUGGAAACAUACCUACAGCUCCAAGAGGCCUUUGGUUGGGAGCCAUUUAUUCGUCUCUUCACCGAGUACAGAAACCAGACAACGAACCCGAACUCAUCCACAGACAAUGUCGACAAAAUGAAUCUAUGGGUCAAGAUGUUUUCCCAGCAAGUGCAGAAGAAUCUGGCUCCAUUCUUUGAGGCCUGGGGCUGGCCUAUUCAGAAGGAAGUGGCUACAAGCUUGGCCUAUCUGCCUGAGUGGAAAGAAAAUAUAAUGAAAUUGUACCUCCUCACACAGAUGUAAGGAGUGCCCAUCGAGGUGGCAGGCCCCACUGAAACCGAAGUCCAGGAAUACAAAAGAAAAUUGAGACCUCUCAGCAAAGAAAACUAAAAGCAUUUGGUUGGAGAAGAUCUCAACAAAUUUCUGGAAGAGAGAAAGUAAGUGAAGAGAAAUGAUGAGCGGAAAACAUGGCGGUCCAUUUCAGACAGAAUACACUGAUCCAAACACUGGAACCCCAAAGAGACUUGAGCACUAGAAAACUCUAGCUACUAAAUAAUUGUACCAGUUGUAAAUUGACCCCCGUUCUACUCAGCCCCAACCCUUGUACAUAGAACACAGAAAACGUACCAUUGAUACUAGUGAAACUGUUAUUGUUAUUGUUGUUUGAAUAAAGAAAUCAAAUAAACCACCUGAGGAGAGGUAAAGAAUUAGUGCUCCAAAUGAUAUUCUUUUCAUGGAAAUAAGUGCCCCACUGGCCUGCAGGUAAUUUUCUUCUCAGAGUUGAGACCGUUACUCACAUGCCCACAGGUUCUAGGUAUAACAGAGAUUUGCUGGAGAAACAGGAGUCAUUUAACGAGCCAAUAGUUAACAAAGGUUCUCAGUGUGGAUUUCCUGAUAGAAAUUUUCAUACAUGGAAGAGACCAAGGGAGAAGCAUAAGAAAAAUAAUCAUUUAGACAUAAAAAUGUUGAAAAAAAUUAUUCCCCAGAGAGACUUGAGGUGCAUUACAAAUAUACUAAGAGAAAAAUUUAAAAGCAAAAUUAGACUGCCAAAAAUAUUCAGCAGACAGGCUGGAAAACAAAAUAGACUGAAUCUCCCCAGACAUGCAUCAAAAUGAAAUAACGAACAAUAGAAGAGAAGGAAAGGGAAACAGACAAUCACUUUUAACUGUUAGGAGUUUCCAGAAGACAGGACAGAGAUGGCAAAGACAGUGAAAGAACAAGGAAGACUUAAGGGAUACCAGAUUGAGGGCACCUGGCACCAACCACAUCUAAGCAUAGUCUUAGGAAAAGUUGGAACAGUAGAGCUAGAAGGUACAUGUUGAGAGUUCAACAUGGGAAAGAAAAAGAGCUGAACCAAACCUGAGAAUAAUCUGGCAACUUCAGCAGCAGUGCUGAAUGCUAGAAGUCAAGGAACCAAUGGUUGAGUUUUGAAAACUCCAUAUAGUACAGACUGUCAAGAGUAAUGUAAAAAGAAAAACACUUUUGGGCAGGUGAAUCUUCCAUAUAUAUAUAUGGAAGAAAGUCCAAAAAAGAAGAGGAAAGAUGAUCUGGAGACCAGUGGCCCUCACCUAGGAUGUCUUUAUCUAGAGUGGUAGAUAUCAGAAGAGAGCACUACCCUGGGCUCUGUGAAUGUGUCAGAGUAGCACUGAGGAAAUAGGACAUUGGAGAUAUGGAAGGCCUGUAGUCUUUAAUCACAAAAUUUAAACAGAAUGUUAAGAAAUUUUGGCUAAACCAUGAAGGAAAAUAGAAUGAUAAAGGAUUUCAAAUACUCAUGGAGUAUGAGAAGAGACUUGGUUGGGCAUCAGCGGUAGGUAUGUUUCCUUUCCCUUGUUACAGGCAGGCAUCACGGCAUUGGGAGUGUAGAGAAAAUAAGGUUUUUCCACUUGGCUUGGUAAACGUAUUUUAAUAGCCCAAAUAAUGUAGAUGCCACUUAUAGAUCUUCAAUGUUUUGAUCAGUCAAGCAACAAAGCCUAAAAAGCUUAAUAUUACACCCAGAGCAGAGAUGGAAAGGGACGUUGACCAACUGAUGCAGAAAGCAAAGGCUGAGUUAGUUGAGAGAAGAGAAGUAGAAGGGAAAAAGAAUGGGGCUACUUAAAUAUUCAAAGUGGGAAUGAAAAGAUGCUGUCUUCAGAAAAUGGAACAUAGUUGCAUAGUUAGUGUGCUGGUCAAUGCUAUAAAAUUAGACCCUCAGAAGAAUAUCUACCAAGCAUUUGGAGAAGGGUAGGCAGGGGAAAGGCAGAGGUGGUGUACGUUAAAUCCUUAUCUUUUGUAAUGGUGAAAGAUUAAAGAUUGUCUAAUGUUAAUAAGUCAAGAGAUUAUUGUUCAGACAUGUUAUUUAAAGGUAGUUUAGCCACCAGAAGAUCCAAAAAUAGAGAUCAUUAAAAGCAUCUAGGAAAUGAGACUAGAGAAGGGUGGGGUGGGUAACCAUGUUUUUAUUUCAAGUUCCUCUGUACAAUUUAAUUUUUUUUACCUUGUGCAUGUAUUAUUUGGAAAAGUUUAUAAUAAACUCAAAUAAAACAUC